UUUUUCUUAACGUUCUAUAGAUGUGAUGGUUACCCCAGUGGCGUUUGUGUGAUGGGCGGGUCACUGCGGUGAGGCGAGGUGUGCGGGGUGCGCGGGCAUGUGGGCGCGCGGGGUGCGGGCGCUGCGGCGCGGCGUACUGCUGCUACCGCUGGCGCUUACAGCGCUAGCGCUGCUGCUCCUUCCACGCCCGCCGCCGCUGACCGCGCCGUCGCGGCUGCCCUCGCCUCCACCUACCAGGGAUGAACCGCGACUACAGCUAACUGAACCCGCAGAAGAAGUGGAGCGAGAUGUCGGCGAGCCGUCGCAGCGUGAAUGGUUCCUGCGCGGCGGUGAACGGCGGCCGCGCCGGCAUGACCCCAAGGCAAAAGUCUUCCCAGAAGAUGCACCCGGUGAAGAUAGAAUUUACGAGCAGCUAAUGUACACAUUGCCGACGGACGAAGAUAUACCGAUGAAGAGGAUCCUACUCGCCAACGGGCUGGGUACGUGGGGAGUAUCUGGCGGCCGGACGGAGUUCAUCCGGAACAAGUGUCCGGUGGACCGCUGCACGCUCACUGCGGACACCAGGGAGGCGGCAACCGCUGACGCCAUCUUGUUCAAAGACCAUCAUACUCCUUUCAACGUUAAUCGUCCUGCUAAUCAGAUCUGGAUCCUGUACUAUUUGGAAUGUCCGUACCACACGGCGUCGUUGCGGCCGGCCUCGCUCGACGUCUUCAACUGGACGGCCACGUACAGGCGCGACUCGGACAUUGUGGCGCCCUAUGAGCGCUGGCACUACCACGACCCACGUGUCACUGACAACCAACUCGAUAAGAACUACGCCGCUAAUAAAACUAAAAAGGUAGCGUGGUUUGUAUCAAACUGUCACGCACGCAACCGUAGACUGCAAUACGCGCGCCAACUCGCGAAGCACAUAUCAGUGGACAUCUACGGCGCGUGCGGCUCGCGGCAUUGCCCGCGCGCAGACCCCAACUGUUUAGAGAUGCUGGAUAAUGACUACAAGUUCUAUCUAGCAUUCGAAAACUCUAACUGUCGGGAUUAUAUCACAGAGAAGUUCUUCGUUAAUGGAUUACAACACAACGUACUCCCGAUAGUGAUGGGCGCGCGUCCGGCGGAGUACGCGGCGGUGGCGCCGCACAACUCCUACAUACACGUCGAAGAGUUUGCCGGACCCGAGGAGCUCGCCGCCUACCUGCACCGGCUGGAUGAAGACGAUAACUUGUACAACUCCUACUUCAAAUGGAAGGGUACAGGUGAAUUUAUAAACACGUACUUCUUCUGUCGCGUUUGUGCGAUGGUGCACGCGAGCGCGCGCCGGCAACGCAGCGCGCAUUACGCGGACGUGCAGGCGUGGUGGCGCGCCGCCGCAUGCACGCGCGGGGACUGGCGCGCACCCGCCAGAGACCUCGUCUAGUACACAAUACACCGUCUGUAAGCUGACAUUAACCUAGGCCAUCGCCGUGUACACAGCUCGCUAACACACUGCUAACAGCUAAACUUGAACAGGCAAACAGUUUGAUCUAGUUUGGUAAAACAAUAUUUCAGAGAAAAAAGCUGCAGAGUCGGACCUAACCCACACAAAAAAACCCGUCUAUAUACAAAUGUAUAAGAAUUAUAUCCUACAAGACGUAUCUUUUCACUACACUGCGACCUAGAUAUUGCAUUUGGUCAAACCUGGGCAAGACAGAAACAUGCGAAACGCACAAUGUUUUGAUUUUAUUGUAACAACAAAACUGCACAAACUUUACAUGUUUCAUGAAAAAGUCUAGUUUUCUUGGCUGACACGAACUGCAUCAAAUUUUUAGUGACGUACUGACUUAAUUGUUAGUGACGAUACAUAAACUGACAAUUUAGCCAAGUAUAAAAAAACUAAAAUCUGGUCAAAACAGACAAUUUGGCGUAUUCUAAUGAAACCUUACUGUUUGUAUGUGUGUCCCACCAGGUUUAAGUAAUAAAAGGCUUAAAUUAAAAUAUAAUCUAAUAAAAGACAAGUAUCGAAGAAUAAAUGUUGAAAAAAUCU